AUGAAGACUCCUAGAACCACGGGUAGGAAAAGUGCCUUGAAACACCAGCAGCCACUUCCUUCUGGCGAGCCAGGACUGGAUCCAGGACUUACAUCUUCUUCGCAAGGGGCAUUGGAACUCCCGGCUGAGGCAAAUAGACCGCUAAUUCCUUUACUCGACCGAUUAAAACGCAGCGGGUGGUUGAAAUUGUCGAAAGCAGAGAAAGAAUGGUUCUCAGCUAUGCGCCGUUUCUUCCUGCAGUUUUUUGCCCUGUUCACGCUGUCGCGGAUGCAGCGCGACGCCAACAUUUUUCGUUUCUCUAAACCGGUGAGCGCGGAACAUGCGCUUGCGAAGAGCCACAGCUACGAUGCUGGAAAAAAUACCCGGAAGGCAGGUCCGAGCGUCUGUGGCUGCUUGAAGUUUUACGCCCGGUUGCUCUACGGCUGGUUGUUGCUCGCUUGGACGGUCUUCUCCAGUUUCUUUGUCCCCGUGUUCGGGAAGGAUCGGCG